CCCGAACGUCCUUGUUAUUGUGUUACUCGCGACAUGGCGGACAAGUUCACGACACCGGUGAGCAAGCAGAGCCGGCUGCCUGCGUCGCUGUCUCGCUCGCAAGCGAUGAAGCGUGACUCCCUUGCGGCCGAGCUCGAGCGCGACCCUCAGCUAUCUACCGCAAAGCGACAGCAGCGCACGCAGACGUUCGCCUCGCAUCUCGCACAUUCAUCGCUGGAGCGUCAGCUUAUGGCUGCGCAGACGGCACGCGCUGAUCUCGAGACGAAGCUGCGUGAGAAGGACGUGGUCAUUGAGCGACUGGAAGGCGACCGGAGGUGGCUUGCGGAACGAGAAACGGAAGAACGCGAGGAGAAGGAGAGGGAGCGCGUCGAACGUGCUGAAGAGAAGCGCCAAGCGGAUGCCGAGCUGCGCACACUACGUUCUACCCUUGCGACCCUCCGCGAACAACAUGCCGAGCUCGCCGACGAACACGGCUCACUCUCGCGCUCCACAGCGCAGACCCUCUCCGCCCAGAAGUCACAAAUUACUACUCUCACACGCCAAGUCUCGCUCCUGCAAGAAGAACUCACCGAGUACCGUCAGAUCGCACAGGAACGCUCGCAGGCACUGGAGGCGCUGCGGAGCGAGCUCGACGAGGCAAGCGCAGCGAAUGAGAGCUUCUCUCAAAACGUCGCGGAUGAGGAAACCUGGGCGGUCGUGCGUGCGGAGCUCAGCCGCCAGGCGGAGUAUAUGCGUACCCUUGAAGCCACGAACACAAAGAUGAGCACAGAGCUUGCCGUGCUGCGCGAGCGUCAUGCCAGCGUCGAGGUGCUGAAGGAACAAAAGCGUGCGUUGGAGAGGAAAGCUCAGGGUGCUGAGGAGCUCCGCGAGAGAGUGGUCCGACUCGAGGCGGAGCUCGAGGCGGCGCGGCGCGAGCGGGAGACAUGGGCCUCGGAGAAUGCGCAGCCCUCGACGCCUUCCAAGACACCGGUCAGCGUCACGAAGGCGCUUUCCGAUUUGCGCCUGAGCUACGCAAGCCUCUUGGAAGAGCACGGGUCGACGACCGCAACACUCAGGCGGCGCGAGGCUGAGAUAGCGGACGCAGAUCAACGCAUUACCGAAGCUGAAGCUUCUGUAGAAGCUCUCCAGGCGGAUGUACGCACGCUCAAGGCCGAGGUAGCACGUAAAGAGCGCGGGAAGGAGCUUGCUGAGAGGGAAGUCUCCUUCCUUCAGGCCAUGGUGGCCAGCUUCACGGCUGAGGAGUCUGCUCAGAACGGUGUCGACUUAGAUGAGCUGGCUUCGGACCGUCUGCAACACCUUGAGUCCCUUGUGGUUGACUACAAGGCCACCGUGAGGGAGCUCCAGCGUGAACUUGACGCACGGAACAAAGACGGCGUAGUCAAGGGUGGGAGCGCCGCAUUGAAGCGGUUGCAAGAGGAGUUAGAGGCCGAACGCACGGUAAAGGAGGAACUCCAAGCCGCGCUUGACAAGGCCGAGCAGGUAGCCACAGCGCACGAGGAACAGAUCGAGAACCUUGAGCAGACGCUGUUCGAGCUUCGCGGGGAGAUCGGUGCCGGACGGCACCUUCCCCCUGGCGUGCGCGUGCUGAGCUUGCGCGACAAUCCUGCGCAGCAGUGGAUGGACAUAAGCCAGGCUGCUAUGGACAGGCUGAAGAAAGAGAACAAAGCACUGAUGAAGCGGCUGAAGGAGCUCGAAGAUGGAGGAGCACGGGUGAGUGGACAGAUGGGUGCUGGCGAGGCGAAAGAAGGCACGGUACCCGAAGGAAUGGUCCCGCGAGAGAGCUGGGAGGUCGUCAACAGAGAGAAGGCACACCUUGAGGAAGAGCUGAAGCAGAAGGAGAAGCGAUUGUUGAGGCUGCAACAGGUCUUCCAGUCAAAAUCGGCCGAGUUCCGGGAGACUGUUGCGUCCAUCCUCGGUGUCAAGCUCGCCUUCUAUCCAAACGGCCAGGUGCGCGUCACGUCGCAGUUCGACCUCAACGCCGCAUUUGUCUUCCAGCCUACAGGGCCCGUCGGGAGCAACGACGGGUCCGGCGGAAUGCGCAUGCAGCUCGUCGCUCAAGGGGACGGCGGGCCGGAGGACCUGCCGCAGCUCAUGCGGUACUGGGUCGAACAGGAGCAGUGCAUACCGGGAUUCUUGGCGAGCGUUACGCUGCAGUGUUACGAGAAACAUAAGAUGGAAAUGGAGAGGGCAGACCGCUAGGAGUGCUGUCGAUGUACCGUAUACGUUAUACGGCCACUAUACAAUGUUCCCUAUGUUACUGCAAACAACCAAAGCAUCGGGGCGAGAAUCCUUCUCGUAACGCUUGGGCCGGGCUCGACGUGGACACAUUCUGCUUGUGAACCAUUGCACAUCCUUACGCGAGGGUCUGUAGUACUAUGAUACGUUCUAGUCCUCCGUUCAGCGUGCCUGUGUAACAUAUGUCAAUUCGGACAAACAUAUACAAGCGGUGUGGGCAGGGA